AUGUCCCAAGAAAGUUUCAUUUGUAAAGAUAUACUCAACGGACUCAUUCUUACAGUCAUUUCAACACAAAAUGAGAUCAAGGACGUCAUAAGAACUGCAUUUGGUCAAAUAGCUGAGCUAAGAGAAGAUGGGGAAGAUGAGAGAGAUGAGAAUUCUAAAGAAGAACUCGAAGCACGACUUGUGACGCUGAGACAAGCUUUGAAGAUGCUCUUUGAAGUUCUGACUAGUAAUUUUGUAGCGAAAGUCAUGCUGGAUGUUUUUGGUACUUGGGCUGUCAUGGGCCUGGUUGCAGAUGUUGCCUCUACUGGGUUUCUCGGAUCAUUGAAGACGCUCUUUGAAGUUCUGAUUAGUAAUGCGUUAAAGAAAAGUACCAACGUUAUCUUCUCUAGUGCUUCAGCCUCCAAAGGCCUAGUUGAAGACGCUCUUUGA